GAGCAAAAGGAAGAAAGAGGCAGAGGGAAGCUCACCGAGCACAGGCGAGGUCCCGGGAGCGAGCGCGACAUCGGGUCAAAUGAGGAAGCUGAGUCCACUCAACUAGAAGAGAAACAAAGACAAAGUCAUCAUGGCUUCAGUGUCUACGCAUGAAAACCAAGAUAAAGGUCCCCAUUUGCCACCACCAAGCAAGCAGAGUCUGUUGUUUUGUCCAAAAUCAAAACUGCACAUCCACAGAUCAGAGAUUUCAAAGAUUAUCCGGGAAUGUCAAGAAGAAAGUUUCUGGAAGAGAGCUCUGCCUUUUUCUCUUGUAAGCAUGCUUGUCACCCAAGGACUGGUCCACCAUGGUUACUUAGCAGCUAAUCCAAGAUUUGGAUCAUUGCCUAAAGUUGCACGCACUGCCUGCUUACCUGUGAGGAAUGCAAAACAAAGCAUGGAUUAAGUAAGGAGGGAAGUUCACAGCCUUCUACUUCCUAAACUCUGUGUCUGUGGGUUUUGAAGUUUCUAAAAACAUCUGAAUUUGUACACCUUUAAAAUGUCAAAUGUACUUUAAAAUAAUUUACUUAUAGUAGAACAGAAACAUUGUGAUUCUCUCUAUUUGAAAUGCUUUCGCGGUUGAUUCUCCAUUGAAUUGAGCAUUCCAUGUUUUUCUGUUGUUUAAGAACAUGUUGGGAGCAUUCGUACACCGAAAGAAAUUCUGUUGCACUCUUACUUGCUUACAGCUAAAUAAAAGAAUUUAGAGUCUUCUCUGAUUCACCCCCAUCCAUUCUUUCACUCUGCUUUUGUUCAGGGUUUUAAGAUCCCUGAUGGAGGAUAGGAAUGAAUGUUGAGGAACUUGGGAAUCAUGCCCCAGUGUGUAUGUAUGGAGGUAGAAAUACAGGGCAAGAGAGACUGUGACUAUGGGAAGUGCUUUCUAAAA